AUGGAGUUACCUGAAGCUAUGGUAAUGGAGGGUCUGUUGCGGCUGCCAUUGAAGUGUCUCUGCAGAUACAUGUGUGUCUCAAAGACCUGGUGCUCAAUCAUCUCUGGAAUUAAUAAACUGCAUAUCGUUCACAACUUAAGCAUCGUCAUCUCCAAUUUCGGUUGUUCAACUUGGAGUUCCUUGUUCCAAUCGAGGCUCGGUCUUACUAUCCCUCCUCCUCCUCCUCCUCCUUUUAUCAAGCAACAGUUGGGUGGUGGUGAGUAUGAUUCUGCAGAAAUUGGAUUCACACAAGUUAUCAAUGGCCUCUUAUGUUUCUACACUCCAGCCCCAGCUGGUGAUCUUACUCUCUGCAAUUACUACACUUUUGAAACAAGGAAGCUCCCGCUCCCUAGGUUUUACCGCUGGACACAUAAAAGUCAAUUCUAUUUAGGAUUUGAUCCCUUGACUGGCUCCUACAAGCUGCUUAGCCUUGGUUGCCUUCGCGAUCAUGAUGUUCUUAUUUACCGAGAGAUUCUUACCCUAGGAGGAGUGAACGACGAGGAGGACAUCACUGUCGGUACUUGGAUAAAAAUGUGCCCUGUUGGUUUUCUACCAGGGAUAGAUGUGUUGUCCACACCAAGUGUUUGCAUUAACCAAUUUCUGUAUUGGUUGGUUGAAUGCAAGGACAAUACCCGGAAAAUACUGGCAUUUAACCUUACCGCACAUCAUUUAUAUGAUAUCCCCCUCCCUAAACAUCUUACAGGUUUUGAUCAACUUACAGAUUUAUCAACAGCCAGAAUUGUGAACUUCAACGGAUGUUUGGCGGUGGGAUGCCUGGAGAAUGCUAGGGCGGAUGCAGUUACAUUGAAUUUCUGGGAAUGGAAUAGCCGGCGUUGCUGGAUUCAAUAUUCCAUAACCUUACCUGAAGAAAUAGUCAGUUGUAAUAGAGAGAGCUGGUGCAGUGUUGGUAACCUUCCAACAGGUGAGAUACUGCUGACUAAUCCUAAAGCUAAUGAUGAUUCUGAUUUCACCCCUAUUUAUUCUUGUGAUCACUACACUCGAGAGUUUCAGAGGGUUGUGGUUGGCAAGUUUCCACCCUGUAUGGUUGCCGCUGGUGAAAAAUCUUCUUUACAGAUAUCUUGUGUCUUGAAGCUUUAUUGA